UGGCGCUGCAGCCCAAACAUUUGUUCUCUGUAGAUCUUUCCACAUUUCAGCUGCGAACGAAUAGCGAACGAACCGCUGAAGAGUGGGAGAGGGAGAGAAGCUAACCAAACAACAUUUUCGAUUUUGUUAUACCGACUCAUUCCAGGGAGGAACAGCUGUUUGUCAAACAGGAUGAAGAUGAGAGUUAGGAGUGUGUGCUGUAUUUUACUCAUCUCUCUGCUAAAGCCUUCCUCUGCUCACAAUGACUUCUUCACUUCCAUCGGUCACAUGACAGAUCUGCUGUUCACAGAAAAAGACCUGGUGACGUCACUGAAAGACUACAUCAAAGCAGAGGAAAGCAAACUGGAGCAAGUGAAACAGUGGGCUGAGAAGCUUGAUGCUUUAACAGCCACAGCCACACAGGACCCAGAGGGGUUUUUGGGUCACCCUGUCAAUGCCUUUAAACUAAUGAAGAGACUAAACACAGAGUGGGGUGAAGUGGAAGACCUAGUGCUCAAGGACAUGUCUGAUGGCUUUAUCUCAAACCUGACCAUUCAACGUCAGUAUUUCCCUAAUGACGAAGACCAGAACGGUGCAGCCAAAGCUCUCCUCCGACUGCAGGACACAUAUCAACUGGAUACACAGACCAUCUCUUCUGGAAACCUGCCUGGUGUUACAACAGGCUUGCCAUUUAAAAGCACCCUGACAGUAGAAGACUGUUUUGAGCUGGGAAAAAUCGCCUACUCUGAUGCAGACUACUACCACACAGAGCUAUGGAUGGCCCAGGCACUCAAGCAACUGGAUGAAGGAGAAGAAUCCAGUGUUGACAUUGUGACUGUGCUGGACUACCUCAGCUACUCAAUCUACCAGCAGGGGGAGCUGGAGAGAGCUCUGGAACACACCAAGAGACUGCUCUCUGUGGAUCCUGAGCACCAGCGAGCACUUGGGAACCUGAAAUAUUUUGAAUACCAGCUAGCCAAACAGAAGAAGGCUGAGGAGGAGCAGGGCUCCAAGGAAGAGAGUAAGAAAAAGCAAGAAGAGACAGAUGGGAAGAAGGGAUAUCUCCCUGAAAAGAGGAAAUAUGAGCAGCUAUGUAGAGGAGAAGGACUCAGAAUGACCCCUCGCAGACAGAGCCGUUUGUUCUGCCGUUACUUCAACAAUAACAGACAUCCAUUGUACAUGCUCGGCCCGGUGAAACAGGAGGACGAAUGGGACCGUCCACGUAUCGUUCGUUACCAUGACAUUAUAACGGAAAAAGAAAUGGAGAAGGUCAAGGAACUGGCUAAACCGAGGCUGCGCCGAGCCACUAUCUCCAACCCCAUUACUGGUGUCCUAGAGACGGCCCACUAUCGCAUCAGUAAAAGGCGUGCCACCGUGCAUGACCCGCAAACUGGCAAACUCACCACCGCCCAGUACAGAGUCUCCAAGAGCGCAUGGUUGGCGGCCUAUGAGCAUCCGGUUGUGGAUCGCAUAAAUCAGCGCAUAGAAGACAUCACAGGCCUCGAUGUCAAAACAGCUGAAGAACUACAGGUGGCGAAUUAUGGUGUUGGAGGACAAUACGAGCCCCACUUUGACUUUGGACGGAAAGAUGAACCAGAUGCUUUUAAAGAGCUGGGCACAGGGAAUCGAAUAGCAACCUGGCUUUUCUAUAUGAGUGAUGUAGCAGCAGGGGGCGCCACUGUCUUUCCAGAAGUUGGAGCUGCAGUAAAGCCAAUGAAGGGUACAGCUGUAUUCUGGUAUAAUCUCUUUCCCAGCGGAGAAGGAGAUUACAGCACGAGACACGCAGCUUGCCCGGUACUGGUGGGAAACAAGUGGGUGUCAAAUAAAUGGAUUCACGAGAGAGGUCAGGAAUUCAGGAGACCAUGCGCCCUGCAAGAGACAGAUUGAUCAAAGCCUUCAACCAUCUUCCUCAUGCACUCCUCCUCCUCCUCUGAACAGACUGAAAACACAGCAUCCUCCCUGCUGUUCAUGUCCACUGUGUCCGCAGCAGCAUACAUGUGACCCAUCACAUUUAUUUUAAAUCGAAGAGUAUGUGUGUGUGUGUGUGUGUGUGUGUGUGUGUGUGUGAGCCAGCCUUUGGGUUACAUUACCUCUGUUAGUGCCUUUUGUCAUUGCACACUAGGGCUUCAAAGGAAGCCGCUAUUCCUGACAACACUCCAUUACAACAGGCCUUUAGCUAUUGAGCUGUACAAUAGCAUCAAAUCAGAGCACUGCAGUGACAGCAUAUCUCCAACACUUAUUCUGACUGACAGCCAGAUCAAAGUGACAAAUAAUAGAAAAUGCACAGAAUGCAUGUUCGCAGCAUUCAUAGAAUGAUCGGGAAUGGUCUAAUAAAAAAGAUUUUUCCAAA